GGACACAAUAAAUCCGGGAUUUACGAGUCCGAUGGAAACGUGGUCAAUACUCUCCGACCAGACAUAAAGUUGGGGUAGUCCCCUGAGUGCUAUCUUGUGCCGUAUCCGUUAUGUUCCACUGGGGGGCACGUGAACGUUUGAAUUGAUUAUUUCGACUUGAGACACCAAUUUGCUUUCGUUCCAGAUUUAAAGAAGUCUAGUUGUAUGGACCGCAUUGUCCGCUUUUAUGCUGCUUGUACGCAAGCGCUUACGACGAUUAUUGAUUUUUACGUGCAGGAGCGAGCGGAUAUUAUUGACUUAUUUCUACAAUAGAUGAGAAUAGUCUUUGAAAAUAUUAUUUUCCGUCGAUGUGACAAGAUAUUGAAUAAACCAAAUCGUGUAUACCGAAGUGCAUAAUAUGCCAAAAUCAAGUAAUUCUUUCUGACCAACCGCCACCCUGAAAAACUCCGCUUCUCUUCGAGGUGAAACGUUUUCGAAGAAUUGGGAUUUUGAUAGUGUAAACACGGAUCUCGCCACGCUCUGCAAGGUAUAUCCUGUGAGCCCUGUUACAGGGCCGGGUGCAGCUCGAUCCGUAUGGGAGUUAAGUCCAGAUCCCGACAUGGUCGGGCAUUUACCUACGAAUCCCAUAUCGAGAUCGACUCACCACACAACGGCUCCCGUGAAAAAUGCCGAAAACCGAAAGAGAAACGGCCCGAACGAGAACGUUUAUACCGACGAAGCUACCCCUGGUCAAUGUCCAACGGACGAAACCAAAAGGAUUUUUGACCUUCUUAGAUCCGGUGAAAUUGCGGCUGUUGACGAUUUAGUUGAAAAAAAUGGAUUAAGCGUAUUAAGUGCAAGAGACGAAUGGGGAUAUACGCCUGCACAUUGGGCGGCAUUAGAUGGAAAUGUCGAAGUAAUGAGGUAUAUGGUGGAAAGAAACGGACCCGUCGAUCUAUCUUGUCUUGGGACCCAAGGGCCUAGACCGAUACAUUGGGCUUGCCGGAAGGGUCACUCUAUCAUUGUGCAGUUACUUUUAAAGGCUGGUGUCACCGUGAAUGUGGCCGAUUUUAAAGGAUUGACGCCUCUGAUGACAGCGUGUAUGUUUGGGAAAUUUGCCACGGCGGCUUUUUUACUUGGUUCAGGAGCGCUGGCCCAUUUAACGGACAUAAAUGGCGAUACGGCGCUACAUUGGGCAGCUUAUAAAGGUCACACGGAGCUCAUUAGAUUACUUAUGUACAGCGGGGCCGAUCUGCAAAAGUCCGACUACUUUGGAUCGACGCCCCUGCAUCUUGCUUGUCUUUCGGGAAAUGUAAGCUGCGUGAAGAUUCUUUGUGAAAAGACAAAAAUCGAACUCGAACCGCGAGACAAGAACGGCAAAACUCCUCUUCAGUUGGCCAGAAGUCAUAGGCAUUUGGACAUUGUACGAAUCCUCCAAACCGAACAUGAACGUCGCGCGAAGUGGAUACCGCCUCUUAAUGAGCUUUGGGCAUUGCUCUUCGGCGGCGCGGGAAACAGUAAAGGACCAUUGUUGUUAUUCAUGGGUUCGGUCCUUCUCUGGGGCUAUCCAAUGUACGCGCUCAAAUGUAUACCAAUCACGUGGAACCUCUUAAGGGGAAGUCACUAUUGUUUCAUCUAUUGGAACGUUGUCAUGUGGCUAGCCUGGAUAGUGGCGAAUAGGAGGGAUCCUGGAUAUUUACCACAAAACAGUGAUUCUUACUACAGGGCGAUUAAACAGAUACCGUAUUUUGAUAAGUGGAAGAAGAGGAACGUCAUCCUAUCCCGCUUAUGCCACAGUUGCAAAUGCUUCAGGCCAUUAAGGGCCAAGCACUGCAGAUACUGUAAACGUUGCGUCACGUAUUUCGAUCAUCACUGCCCCUUUAUUUAUAAUUGCGUUGGACUGCGGAACAGAAUGUGGUUUUUCCUCUUUGUGAUGUGCGUGGCUAUAAAUUGUUCAUUCACCCUCUACUUCGCUUGCUACUGCAUUGCAAUCGAGGGAAUACAGUUGCUUUAUGUACUAGGUUUACUGGAAGCAUUCAUAUUUUGCUCUCUCGGUUGGAUAUUGACGUGCACUUCGGUUCUGCACGCAUGUAUGAAUUUGACUACGAACGAGAUGUUCAACUAUAAGAGAUACUCUUACUUGAGAGACAAAAAGGGAAGAUACUUGAAUCCUUUCAGCAGAGGACCGGUACUCAAUUUUAUCGAAUUUUUCCUAUGCCCUCCCGAUCUGCACGCAAACGACCCGCAACAAUACCACAUUCUCAAUGAAGAGGGUAUGUGAAGGAGGUCCGUCAAAUAAGCAGCUUACGGCAGCUUACUACAGCUUACUACAAUGAUAAAAUUGCUUCAAGAAAAUAGUGCACAAAUACGUUCCUUAAUCUCAGACAUUUAAACGGAAUCGCUUUCUGGUAUUUAACAAAUUUAAAACCCAAAUGUCAUAUUGAAAUCAGUGCAUGCAUACGAAAAGUGAUAGAAACAAGAGUAACCGAUUUAAAGAGGUGUUCCCAUGUUUCAUAACACAAAAAAAAAAAAUUCAUUUUAAAAAUGUUUCUGUACUAUUAAUGUUUGAUCUUUCAUAAUUAUACGUGGGAAGGAAUGUCUUAUAAAGAACUUUUCUUUUUUGUUUUUGCCAAUUUAGAUGAACACAGGGGAAGUGAACGUAGCCAACACCAAGCACAAAGAAUCUUAUUUAGCCUAUCUCAACGUAAUAUAUCUUGCAUAAUAGCCAUUUUUGUAUAAAAGUUUAAGAAAGUUAUUAGUAAUUGGACCCUAUACAUAAAAAUUUAGGAAAGUUAUGAGUGAUUGGACCCUGUAUGUAAAAAUGGCCAGCUUAUAUUUCGCUUUCUUCUAUUAAAGGAAGAUCAUUCAAUUUAGCUAUUAUCUAUGCUUCAAUUGGGAAUACCUCCUUAAACUUGUUUGAGAAGGACAUUUCACGUACCAUUGAUUCAAUUGUCAACGCCAUAUCACGGUUGUACUUAAUUCGAGCCAUAACAAUAUGCUAGUAAGUUUAUUAUAUGCAUAUUUAAGUAUCGACGUAGUACAAUUCCGUUAUAAUUGGCUUCUUUCGAGUUAACAGGGAAAUCAUGUUUUAUGUAAUAUAGAGCUUGCGUUAAAACCUCAAGCUGCAUCCGUUUGACUUUUGCGCGAGAGAAAUAUCUCUCCUGUUUUUACAGUAUUGUAAAUUUCGAUUUCCUACCACUCCCUCGUUAUAAUGAAGUUGUACUGCAACUUUAUCACUUGCGUAUUGCAAAAAGUAAGAUCAAUUACAUUCUCCGCUCUGCGAAGGAUGGCAAG